GGUGAGGAAGGCUUUGUCUUCAUUGAAAUCGGAGUAAUUAGUGUUGUGAAAUGUUGUCUCGGUCAGUCCGCGCCGAAACUCGAAGUCGAGCGAAGGAAGAUAUCAAGCGUGUUAUAAAUGCCAUAGAUAAAGUCAGAAAGUGGGAGAAGAAAUGGGUAACUAUUGGAGAUACAACCAUGAGAAUAUUCAAGUGGGUCCCAGUUGCCACUUCAGAAUUAGAAGGGUCACCUGUUCCAAGGAAGGGAUUGUUUAAGAACAAAUCAGGUCGCAUACGACGAGAAAAGACAGAGGGGGAGACAGCAGAUCGCAGCUUCACUCAGGAUACCAACAGUCAGGCAUCCUCGUUGUUCACAGAGGAAACGACGAUGCAGUCACAGGACUCUGGCUCGACCAAUGACAACGAGGAUUCCAACAUGUCAUUCCUGGACCAGAACACGCAGGAUUUUUCACAGGACAGUAAUGAUGCUAAUCCUGAGAUGAGACUAGGUACUGCAGCCAUGAGUAUGGUCCGAGAAGAACGAAGACAGUUGGAGAAGGACAACACAGAAGAUACAAAUGAUUCAGAACCACCAGUCUUAGUGCCUGAGACAGAUGAGCCUCCAGCCAAGCGUCACAGAUCUGGGUCUAUCGGGGGAUCGUGAAGGGUAUUGGAGUCCAAGCAGCGUUCAUCAAGUCACAGCUAACAGAACAUAGAGAGCCAGUGCGUUGAGAACACUGCUUUCAGUGCACACAUAAAACUGGAUAAUUUAAUGUCAUGUACUUUGACAGAAGGGUGUGUACCAAGUCACAGCUAACACAGCAACGGGUCGUUUCAAUAGACACAUUGACCUCACUAAAAAAAUACGUUAAAACAUUCCAUGGCUGGCAUUGGGACAGAAGAAGAGUUUGCCAAAUCACUGUUCAAAGAAAAUUGAGCUGUUUGGAAACAUUAAGCUCUGGAAAACACAAAAUUUGGUCAUUUCAUGGGAAACAUUGAGCUUACUGAAAUCGCAACAUUGGGUCAUUUCAUUGGAAACAUUGGGCUCACUGAAUACACAAAAUGGGGUCAUUUCUUUGGAAACAUUGGGAUAUAACACUGUUUGCUUGGUUACAGUGAACACAACAUUAAGUUUAUUCAUGGCAACCAUUGGGACAACACUGGUUUUCAGCAGCUGACAACUAACAUAACAUUGGGCCAGUUCAUGGCAAGCAUGAACUAACGCAUCAUUGGGUUUCCUCAUGAAAACCAUUGCAUAAGCAAAUAGUGUUUAUCAGGCCACAGUUGUUUAAAACAACAUUGGGAUAUACAUUGAGUUGUGGUGGAGCCCAGUAUGGGCAAUCUCAAUUCAAGCAUGGUGGCAGAAGAAAGCUUGACUCGGGUCGUAUCGAGGGAAACUAAGGUUUAAUUGUGUAUCAUAAUCUAUCAUGAUCCAGUUCACGGCAAGCCAUGGGGGAAAAGUGGAAGCUUCAUAGCAGCCACUGAACCGCCUGUUACGCCAGAUUUUGAUAAGAUUGGGCCAGCAAGUGAGAACUGUCCCAAAAGAUUGUGGCCAGGUUUCGUACCUUAGACGCAUUUGUACCAAGUAUGGGAGUCAACAUUUCUACCAGCUGUCGGUAGGUUAUGUUUCUGAAUGUAACUCUCACUUAAUUUAUGUGACGAUAAGUAAGAAUUGCAUUUAUAGGUCUUUGUAGUGGUUUGCUUGUCGUGAGUUGACCGGAUUUCCCAACAAAUGUAUUCAGCUUGUACCUCAUCGUUUUCAUUAAUGAGGCACUUCUAAAUGUUCAUUUUUCAUUAUUGUAUUCUCCAAGAGAAAUAAACAACAGGAAAGUCUGAUACAUGGUCUAGUCGAAUUCAUCUCUUGCUAUACUCAAAAAUUUUCACAACACUUUUGUUCAGUUUUACAUGU